UCAGAAUUUUUAAGAGAAUACUCAACCCACUGCCUAUAACAACAACAAAUAAUUUAAACAAAGGAAUUGCAUUAACUAAGCAAAUGAUUCCUUUUGCUGAAGAAGCACCUCCACCUCCAAUAAUUGCUAGUAAUAAUUUGGAAAAUAUGAGAGGCCAAGUUCCUUUUAUUGUACCAAAUGAUGUUAAUAAUCAAAAUGAUUUUGCUUCAAAAUUAUUAGGGCAAUUAUUUCCCUUAAAUGGUGGAGGAGAGAAUAAUAAUAAGCCUAUUUCUCCACGCAUGGCAGCCGCCCCUUUAGCUGGUUCACCCUUCGAUUUAUUUAGCAAUGGAGGAGGAUUAGCAGCAGCAGGGCAAUCGGCUACCCCAAAUCCCCUUCUUCAAAUGCUCACUCAAGGGUCUACAUUAGAACAGAUUACAACUUUAACAAGGAAUUUGCUUCAAAUGUCAAAUGGAAAUAAAGAAAUUCUGUCAACUUUAAUGAAUGCAAUAACUGGGGGAGGGGGAGGAAGCCAAGCUUCAAAAUUAACAAGUUCAGCAUUGGCAACAGCCUCUUUACAAAAACAACCACAAUUACAAAAUAAUGCAAUAUCUGCAUUUUUGGCAGGGAAUAAAUCUUUAAUACCCUCGGCGGUUAUAAUUGAGGAUGAAGAAGUUUUGGGGAAUAGAAGCAGUAGAACAAUUACGUCAUUCAAUGGAUUUACACCUGAACAACGUAAAUUGCUAGCAGCUGCAGUGCUUAACGGUGAAUUAGACCCUGAACAGGCAGUAAGGCUAUUAACUUCUGAAAACAUUACAACUGCUUUCGAAACAAUUUCUGAACUUAACAAAACAAACAUAGACAAUUCUCUUUUUGAUUAUGAAGAACAACAACACCAAACAUUUUUUGGAACAAAACAAAAACAAAACCAACAUUUAAUUAAUGCGGAGAGUAAAUUAAUUGAGUGGAUACAACAAAACAGGCCUAGACAUUCUUCAGAAAAUUUUAAUGAAGUAAUAAAUAAAAAUGUAACAACAUCAUCCUCUCCUUUAACAAGUCCUCCAAGCCAUGAUUGGAAUAAUAAUUUUGUUACUUCAGAAAGGCUUCCUUAUUAUGGGAAAUAUUGUGGUAGUUUUGUAGAACAGACAGAUAGCGCUGCUUCGCAUAACGUUGCUGGAGCAUUAUGGGCAGUGGAUGAAAGGCGUUUAUUGAUAACCAAAUUUAAUUUUAUACCAUUAUCAAAAUCUGAAAAUGUAACAUUUUGGGCUGGGCCUUCAAAACCCACAGGAAAUGCUGCUUUAGAUCUUUUUCCUUCCGAAAAUGGAUUUAUUGUUGAAGCAAUUCCGAUUGAAUUAAAUAUAUUUAAUGGAAAAAUUAUUGAAAUUGAAGCAAAAAUAUUUUCUAAUACUUUACAACCUGAAACUCAUGAUAAAAAUAAAAAUGGAAGCGAAAAAGUUUCUGAAAUCAAAAAUAAAAAUCAAAAUUCUAAUUUAUUAGCAGAACGUGAAGAAGAGGAAGAGGAUGAAAAAAUAAUAAUAGCAGCCAACAUAACCUCAAAUAGUACAAAAAGGGAUAGAAGGAAUUUAUACAAUGAAAUUUUUGAUAAUAUAACUGAAGAAGAAAAUGAUAAUUUUACAAUAUUAGUUAGUUAUGAUGCUCAACAAGAUGAUAUAGAAUUUAAAGAAAAUAAAUUAGAAGAAAAAAUAAUUUUAAAUAAUUUUACAAGCUUGCCAGUUAAUUUAGAAGCAAAAAAUGGAAGCUUCGAAAAUGAAAGUUUUGCUUCAAGUUUUAUUAAAAAUGAGCCAUUUGCUUCACCAAACGAAGAAAAAAUAUUAAGAAAUUUAAAAUCAACUUAUUACCAACAAACUUUACUUUUAACAUUACCUCCAGAGCGGUUGACAAAAUUAUUGGAUUGGUUAACAGUUUGGGAACACGAAGAAAAUAAAGAAGCAUUAGCUAUUGUUUUGAUACCCAAAGGGCUUCAAAUACCUUCAAUUGUUCAGAUUAGAGCAUUUCCUUCUCCAGCUAUUGGAAUUAAUGGAGUUAAAAUGUUACAGUCUGGACCUAUAAAGGUAUUGGAUACAAAAACAAUUGAAGUAACUGAAUUUACUUUUCUUUCUGAUAACCUUCCAGCUUGGUUUAUGGUUGGGAAAGAAAUUAUGCCUAAUGCUAAGGGACAUAUUGUUCCUAUAUUUGACAAGUUUGUAAAACAUUUAAAAAAUAUUUUUUUAAUUUUUAGAACAAAUAAAAGCUUCAACUGCGACUCUUUAAGGGAAUAUCACAACGAAACCUUAACUUUACGCCUUCCUGAUCCUUUUGAUAUUAAAGAUGUGUUUUGGUUUGCUAAUGAUAUGCAACUUCCGCCAGAUUUGGUUAAUUUACAGACACCUCAAUGUAUUUGGAGAAGAAAUAUUGUUUAA